AUGGAUUCCCGCUCACCUCCACCACCACCAACCAUGAUGGUGGGACCCACAUCUUACGCUCCGACUAACACCUCCAUGAUCAGCCCUAAUUCCUCUACCACCAACAUCAUGUCUCCGGCCACCGCUCGUUUUCCUUUCACCUCGCAGCAGCAAUCGGACCCGUUCGCCGUCACUCACGACAGCCCUUCUUCGCCGUCCACCCUCGCCAAGAAAAAGCGGGGCCGGCCGAGGAAAUACUCCCCCGACGGUAACAUUGCCCUUGCUUUGGCUCCGAAUCGUGUUUCUUCUCCUGCCGCUGCUACCUCCGCUUCUGCUGGAGAUUCAGGAAACGCGGAGGCUCCUGCGAAGAAACAUAGAGGAAGACCUCCCGGCUCUGGGAAGAAACAGUUAGAUGCGCUUGGAGCUGGUGGGAUUGGAUUCACUCCACACGUAGUCUUGGUGGAGUCUGGUGAGGACAUUACAGAAAAAGUUAUGGCCUUUACUCAAUCAGGACCUCGAACAGUUUGUAUUCUUUCUGCCAAUGGUGCAGUCAGCAGUGCAACCCUUCGACAGCCAUCUGGUGGUAUUGCAAGAUACGAGGGCCAAUUUGAGAUCAUAUCGUUAUCAGGUGAUAUGCACCUAUCUGAAAACAGUGGUGAGCAUAGCAGACCAAGCAGUUUAUACGUUUCUCUUGCAGGGGCUGAUGGACGAGUUUUGGGUGGUGCAGUUGCUGGAGUGCUAAUUGCAGCCUCAACGAUACAGGUCAUUGUGGGUAGCUUUAUUAUGGAUCUGAAAAAGUCAAGCUCAAGUAUGGUGAAAUCUGGGCCUUCUUCAGCACCAACUUCCCAAAUGUUGAACUUCGGUGCACCUACAACUCCAACCAGUCCUACUUCUCAAGGGCCUUCAACUGAGUCCUCAGAGGAAAAUGAUCAUAAUAGUAAUUUUAGUAGGGGGCCUGCACUCUACAACAAUGCUAAUCAGCCUGUUCAUAAUAAUAUGCAGCAGCAGAUGUACCACCAUCCACUAUGGGCUGGCCAAAAUCAUCAGUGA